AUGCCCAAAUCCGAGGUUUUAACAUCUCAACUUUCUUAUAUAUUCAAAAUCUUUGACAGAGGACAGAAAGGCAAAUUGGAUAACUCCGAUAUUUGUGCUAUAUUUUCAAAUUUGUUAGGAGUAAUCCCUACUAACGAUGAACUCACAUUUAUCAUAUCUCAUUUACGCUCGAUAGCUAAUUCUAACAUUCAUGAUUUAAACCUUUCAACUUUUAUAUCUGCAAUAAAUACUGAAUUAUCUUCCAAACCCCUCUCUUCUUUGCUAAGGGGUGUGUUUUAUGGACUAUCUGGAGGUAAAGAUGUUAUCACUACUAAUGAACUGUUAGACAUGGCUAAAAAAGCUUACAUAAAUAUCUCUCCAGAAGCAGAAUACAGACUUUUGGCGAUAUUUCCAAAUGGAACCGCCACCUUUGAUACUUUUGUGGAGGCCAUAGGGCAAAGUAUAUAA